GUUAAUAUAAAAUAUAUUAAAACUUAUAAAAAUGAAAGUAAAUAACAAUUAUUAAAACAGGAAAAAAUUUCGUCAGAUUUUUAAGUAAAACAAAAGUGAUGUAAGAUUACAAGUUCAGUAUUUAAAUGGUUAAACGAUAUCUUCAGAUUAGAUAGAUAUCAAAAGAGGUAUAAAUUUAUAAUUGCAUAGACAUAUGUAUGUCCUAUGACUAUAAAAUUGUAAGACCUUCCAAAUUCUAGAUAACUGAUUAAUCCAUUUAUAUAAGCUCAGUUGUAUAAUUAAGCGAUAGAUAUUAAUAAACAAAUAUUUUUUUUAAUAAGAAAAUUUGUAAAAAAAAACAUGAUAAAAGAAAAUAAAUACAACAGGAUAAUAUAAACGAAAUGAUUGUUACGUGGUAUAAAUACGUGGACAUAAAAUAUUAAAGAUAAGUAAAUAUGCUUACAGAUAAAGGACCGUAAUAAAUUUAUUUCUCAAAGUCAUUGCCUAAUGUAAAUAAAUGUCAAUAUCUAGUAAGAGAAUGACGUAGAUAUGAUGAAAUGUUACGCGAUCAGGUUCAGUGACUGCAAUAAUAAGUAUAACACAGAAUUUGGUUCAGUUCGUCAUCUAAAUAUUUUUUCUUUUAGUCACUCCCUGUAUUAGUUUCCAUUCUGAACGUGUGCGUUUAGUGUUACACAUAUCCUGCGACAUAGAUAAACUUAUAGUCGUCAAUUUCGUGUCCCAGUGAACUUGAUUUAUAUUUCUCAGCAUGGCUACCGCCGAAAAUCUCACUGUAUCGAAUAUAGCAAAAGAAAAACCACUCGGAGCGGAAUUUGUGAUAGGAGCGGUAGCGGCUGCAGGCGCUGGAUUAUUUACUAAUCCAGCAGACGUUAUUAAAAUACGAUUGCAACUCCAAGGAGAACUCGAAGCUAGAGGAACUUAUAAAAAGAUAUACAAAAAUACAUUUCACGCUGCUUAUUUGAUAGCCAAACACGAAGGAAUAUUGGCUUUACAAUCUGGUAUUGCACCAGCGUUAUAUUUUCAAGUAGUUCUCAACGGUAUACGAUUAGGUGUAUAUAACAGUGCUAAAAAGUAUGGUAUCAUACAAGACAGUAAAGGAAAUACGGCUGUCCUGAAAACUGUGCUCAUCACAGGAUUGGCUGGUUGUUUAGGAGGUGUUCUCGGUAGCCCAUUCUAUUUGGUCAAGACACAAAUACAAGCUCAAUCUGCGCAAUCUAUUGCUGUUGGUCAUCAACACGAUCAUACUGGAACGUGGUCGGCAUUUAGAAAACUUUGGAAACAAGGUGGUAUCGCUGCGGUAUUUCGUGGCUGGUAUGCCAAUAUACCAAGAUUAUUUGUUGGAUCGUCUACUCAAUUGACUACGUUCGGUUUGGUUUCGGAUUGGUUAGAGUCUUUGAAUGUAAGUAGACUAUUAUAUGAUAAAUUCGUCUCAAAUACAAUUUUUGUUUCAUGUUUUCAGAUACUUACAGACUAUCCUAUAACUUUAACAUUCGUUUCCUCGUUAAUUGGUGGAUCGUGUGUAGCCCUUACUAUGCAACCUUUUGAUGUAUUAGCCACAAGGUUGUAUAAUCAAAAAGCAACGAAAGAUGGUAAAGGUGGUACCCUCUAUAAUGGGCUCUUUGACGCUUUAAUUAAAAUCUGGCGAACGGAAGGUUUAUAUGGCUUAUACAAAGGAACUUUCCCAACGUGGAUGAGAAUAGCACCGCACACAGUUUUAUGUUUAGUAUUCUAUAAAAAAUUAGAUCAAUUAUACGACGAUGCAAGAACAUAAAACGUAUUAAUCUUUAUAUAUAUAUAAAUAAUCCAUUGCGUUCUAUGCAAUGGAAAUGUAGAUUGUUGACAUUUGUUUAUGUAAAUAUAU